UUUGUAUGGAUGACAUCAUGUAAUAAACAUCGGAGGAACCAUUGUGGGAAUAAGACCAGCACUGGUGCUCUGCUUUCAGAUACAUGUAUCCAAAAAGAAAUGAAUAAAAAUCCCUACCCUAGUCCAGAGAAACUUAAAACACUUCAGAAUAUCCACAGGGGAGAAAAAACCCAUCAGUGCACUAUCUGUGAAGAGAGGUUCACUGACAGUUUGUCACUUGAGGAACAUAAAAAGAUGAUCCAUAACAAAAAGAACUCGGCACCUCUUCUCCAAUCACAUCUAAGUCAGCAUGAGCAUGUCCACACUCAAGAAAUGCCGAGUGGGUCUGUCAAUAUUGGGGAGAGUUUCAUGUUGAGUUUAUCCUUUGAAAGUCAAAGAACAAAUCGUGAGGAAAAGAAUCAAGGACCUCUUCUGAAAAGCCCACAUAAGCACAAGUGCUUAGAGUGUGGAAGAACGUUUGACCGGCCCUCACGCUUAAAGCAACACCAAUUCAUCCAUUCCGGAGAAAGACCGUAUCAAUGCACUGACUGUGGAGAAAGGUUCCUGUGGACUUCAUCACUUGAUGUUCACAAAAAAAGAUUCCAUAAACAAAAUAAAAGUUAUAGUAAGUCAAAAUCCUGUAUGUGCUCUGAGUGUGGGAGGACAUUUAGCGGGCCAACCUAUCUGUCCCAGCACCAGCGUGCCCACACCAGAGGGAAACCCGCUCAAGAUGUCAACCCCGGAGAAAGUACCACGGGGGGUUCGUCACUUGAUUUGCACAGUACGAAGGUCCAUGAUGGGAAGGAACUGGUUCCUUCUCUCUCUGAAGUGGGCCAUAAGGACAGGAAAUCCUUUACAUGUAACAUAUGCGGGAGGAACUUCAGUCAGGGAUCCAACCUAAGGAAGCACCAACGACUUCACACAGGCGAGAAACCUUAUCAAUGCACUGACUGUGGGGAGCGAUUCAUGUGGACUUCAUCACUUAAUUCUCACAGAAAGAAGACCCAUAAACGAAAGAAAGUGUCUCAUAAGAAGGUGAAUACUUUUGUGUCUCCUGAGUGUGGGAAGACAUUCAGCGGGGCAAGCUAUCUGGCCCAGCACCAGCAAGUCCACAUUGGUUCCACUACAUGUCCCACAUGUGGGAAGAACUUUAAUCAGUUAUCCGACCUAAAAAAAGCACCAACGCAUCCACACAGGCGAAAAACCCUAUCAGUGCACUGAUUGCGGGGAGCGAUUCACAUGGAGUAAGUCUCUUGGUCUGCAUAGAAAAAACUUCCAUAAGGGGAAGAAACUGGUCCCUGUUUUGCAAAGAAUAACCGUAAUUCCAGGGGAAUUCCUUCUAUGGUCUGAGAUGGGGGAAAAAGUCAACCAGGCAAAACACGUAACAAGACCUUCAGAUGGGUGCAUCAAAGAGAAACCGUAUAAACACACCGACUCUGAGGAGAGUUUCAUAUCACCUUUGUCUCUGGGAAAGGACGGUGAGAGAAAGAAAGCGGAGCUGUCAAGGAGCGCUGAUAAGAAGAAGGAAGCCCACACGUGUUCUGAGUGCAAGAAGAGUUUUGAGUGGGCCUCACAACUGCGACGACACCUGCGGGUCCACAGCGGAGAAAAGCCCUUUCAGUGCCCCGACUGUGAGGAAUGUUUCACAUGGAGCUCAUUGCUUGAUAGCCACAGAAUGAAGGCUCACACUGGAAAUAAACCCAAUGCCUGUUCAGAGUGUGGGAAAAGCUUUGACUAUCCAUCACAACUGAAAAAACACCAACGAACCCACACAAGAGAGAAACCCAAUCCGUCUGCUAAUAGUGAAGAGAGGUCUGAAGAUCAUGACACUGGGAAAGCAGGAGGCGCUGUUAAGCAGGUGCAAAAAUAUGUAUGUGCCAAGUGCGGGAAAUGCUACAACAAAGCGUCAAAACUAAGAACACACAGCCGCCUCCACUCUGGAGAUAAGCCAUUUCAAUGCUCUGAAUGUGGGGAAAGAUUCAUGUGGAAUUCGGGUCUUUAUCGACAUACAAUGAAGAUCCAUAAAAGAACAAAACCCCAGCCACUUCUGCAAAGGGGAUCAGCUGAUGGGGAGGAACCCCAGAAAGAUUCCAGGUCUGAAAAACCCAACAAAGGGCAGUUGUAUCUACUAAAGGAGCUGGGCAUAUGUAACCAGGAGAAAUCCUACCUUUGCUCUGAGUGUGGAAAAUGUUUCUGGAAGGAAGCAAAUCUUACAAGACACCGACAAGUCCACCUCAGGGCAAAGAUGUGCAAAUACGAGUAUCAAAGCAGUUCCAUUCUUAAGGAAAGUCUUGAGAAAGGUGAGAGCCCUCACUCUGAACUGCAACAGAUGUCUGUACAGAUGUCUGAAAAGAAGCCUCUACAAAUCUUGAGUCACCAGGAUGAAGGCGAGCAGAUAUCUGAAGAGGAGUCUCUACGACCCUUGAGUCACCAGGAUGAAGGCGAGCAGAUGUCCGAAGAGGAGUCUCUAGGACCCUUGAGUCACCAGGAUGAAGGCGAGCAGAUGUCCGAAGAGAU